AUGUAUAACAAUCCCCGCAAACCACAAAAUAUGGGAAACAGAACGCGGAAGACCAUCUAUGAUACAUCAUUUGACUUGAGAGCUCAGAUAUUAGAAAAGGACGAAAAAAUUACGUGGUUGGAGAGCCAGGUAGAAGCCUAUAACGCCAAGGCAUCUCAUGCUCAAGCGCGCUUACUUGCAACUUUCGAUGCCUUAGACUCGCUACAAUCCAAGCAUGCCCUUGAACUUUCUUCCGAGAAACUAGCAAAGGAGAGACUCAGUAUCAAGUUAGACCGCUAUUUGGACUACGUCAAAGCUGUCGAGACCGAAAAGGAUGACCUGAAAGAUGCUGUCGAACAUUUAAUUCAGAAAGGUGGGUUCAGCCAGAUUCCCCGAGUGGUGUCGUGGGGUCGAGCCAAUUUACUUAAAUCCAUGUACUUCACCCAUAAUGUAGUUGAGGUCUCGAAUGAUAUGAGUCUGUGGCCUUUCAGUCGCAUGCGUAUAUCUUCCCUUGCUGAUCCUAUGCAAAGUAACAAACGAAAGGAAGUAGAAGAAUGUAAUACACAGCUCCUUGCAUAUGCAUCUGGGAUAAUCACCAAACUACGUGCAGAACGCGAUCUGGAACGCAAAGGCCAUCGAGAGACGUAUGAAAAGGCCAAUAAUCGCAUUGUUGAGCUAGAAGCUCAGAUUGCCCUUCGUGAAGCCGAGCUUGAGGCAUGUGUACAGCAUGGUUGUACACAUUCACAAAGUGUGCAAACAAGCGAUACCCGGCGGAAGACAAAGGCUAGGCUUUCUUCUCGUUUGCCUGCACCGAAUCUCACGGAUGAAGACUGCUUGAAAGUUUUAACUAUGGCGGAUGCUAAAAACAAAACAUUGGAGCAGGAGGUCCGAGAUUUACUGGAGCGCCUCGACAAGGCACGUUCAGUGGUACCUACGUCCUCUCAGCAAGUGGACUCACGUUACCAGGCUGAGCCACAGCAAGUAAAAGAGAGUGCUGAUGCCCUUGCAACUCCUGCUUCUGUCCCGCGACGAAACCAUUUUACCAGUGCACCCGCACAGCCAAAGCAAUCUAGCGAGGAGGUUCACACCAUAGCUGUUACGGCUACUGUGCUUCCCGGAAAUACGAUAGAAGACGUCAGGCAGGUAUCUCUUCCUGUAACUGGUUCGGCACGAGAUGCGCAGACCCCAGCUCCUGUCCUCAAUAAUAUUCAGACCAUAGGGGAGUUGAGUAACCAAAUAACCGCACUAAGGUCACGUAUGAAUGCUUUGAAGUCAGAAAAAUCGGCCAUCGUCGACCUAAUAGACGGGGAUAAAGAGAUUCCUCAUGGAGCAACUACAGAUAACUUUGAUUACAUUUUAUUAGUUGAAGAAGAAUGUAUCCGGCUUGAUUCACAAGUUCAAUGCCUCCAGCGUGAACUCGAGAACUGUCAGAAUGCGGCGACGUCCAGAGAAAAGCAGCUCCUCGACGAAAUUGAAAGGCUAAAGGCGUCUGGGCGGUCUCCCUCUGCUGUACAAAUUCGUGCUGUUAGCCCUGAACACAUCGAAGAUGAUUUCGAUGUCGGGCAGAGCAUGGAUUUAGCUACCCCUUUGCAGCCUACAUCGAUUUUGAUCGCCCCAACUCAGGAAUGUGAGAGGUCCCUUGUGACUGACCCGUCUUGGAUACCACUUCCGCCUUCCCCACGCUCUCUUUCUCCGGGACCUCUGAUUAACUGGUCACCUCCGCCAGGAUCUGGUCAACCCUCGUCUCACGAGAAGUUAAUGCAAGUUUCAGGAAAACUUGAGAGAGCCAAAUCACAGCUGGACGAGAAGGAAAUCUUACUAGCUGAAUUACGCGCCGAUAUGGAGAAUCUUCAACAACAGAUAUUAUCUAGAAAAUGA